CUAUCCAUUCCGCAUGCCGUCUUUCCAGGUUCCCGCAACUUAGAUGCGAUCUGGAGAGACCCACCUGUCUGUACAUAUUAUAUGUAGGUAUCAUAGCCAGAUGAGCACCGUCCGCAAACAUGCCUCCCUCCCUCCUCACAACCCCCUCAGAGAUACUGGAACAUGUCAUUCUGUUGGCUGUCCGUGACGCUCCUCAUGGCCCACCCUCUGUGCUGCGAUCCCUUCGUCUCAGCUGCCGGACAUUGAAUGAAGCCCUCUCUGUGGAGCACAAUCCCCACCUAUAUCUCAUGCUUUUUCUUCACAGCUUCGACAUAUCUUCUCCUAACCGCCAUCUACCGUCUUCGAGGCUCUCUGUCCUAGCUCUGGAGCAAGAACUCAAAAUGCGGCACAUUGCCCUCCAAUGCAUCCGUCGCAGAGACUUCAACCAUCCUGAUCUGGCGGUUAUACUGGCUACCGUGUACAUCAUGUUUCUAGAGGACGACGGCCGCAAUCAGGGACAGGUAGUCUGGGCAGAUCUCGUUGGAUUCUUGGAGCUUCUCCUCCAUAAACGUAUCACGCAAGACACCGCGGGUGAGAACGCGUGGCCUUUGGAGAAUGAGGUCAACUCCCUGGCUGUUGCCUUACUCUGGUUUAUCACUUCACAUUGCGGCCUUCGCCAGGAGACACAACUCCGACAAAGAACCAUUGAUAUUUUAUCAUAUUACGCGUAUGCAGGCUUCCGAUAUCCGUGUUUCACGGAGCCUGAAACUAUGUUUUAUCUCUCCGACAAAAUCGAGCUAGCCGUAUCGAGUCAUGGUGUCUACCCUCCGGCUCGACCUGUCUCGAUGACCAUAGAAUACUUCGGGGUUCAAACCCAAUUUACUCUUCCACCCAUAGCCCCCUUCGCCAUCCUCAGUCAGUUCGCUAGGGCGGAGGAGUUCCCCCUCAAAGUACCCCCUGAACUACCAGCUAAUCGUCAGGAGGCCUUGUCGAGGGGAAUUCUGCUCGGCCCUACCAAGGAGGACGUCGAUCACUUUAACACUCAUUGUAAUACUCGCUUAAUUUGCUCCCGUUCGGACGACCCGCAGGUUGAUGGUUAUCUCAAGAGUCGAAGUCAUGAUGCGGACUGGUCUCGGUCGUUGGCUGGCACUCCGCCCACGAUGUCGGGUUAUUAUAUUCCUGGUACCUUGACCGGUUAUUGGCAAGGUUCCUCCAUGACGCCUUUCCUGGACGUCUACAAAUCGAUGAUGUCGUCCCCUGAGGCACCAUCGGCCCUUCCUUUCUUUGGCCGGUUUCCACUCUACGUCCAUUUUCGCGAGUACUACUGUUAUCCGCCAACGACGCCUGUACCCGUGGAGCGAGAUGGGAACACAUUCUUUAAUGCUUUCAUGCCUCAGGGUUGCCGGUCGUAUAAAGUCGAGAAUGGAAUAGAAUUUAUUGGAAAAAACAACUCUUUCCGGACUACCUAUGUGCCACUUCGGCGGCCACAAAAUUCUCCCCAGUGCAGUGAUGUCCAGGACCCAUCCCACAGCGGUGAAAUUCGCGACGUUAUUAUUGUGGGCGAGACGGAAGAACCUUACGCCUCGGCGUGGCGUGGAUAUAAGUACGUAGGAAGGGUUCGACCGUCGGACGGGCUGAUCGUUCUUGUGCGCGAACCUGCCGAAGAUCAUACAGACCAGCUUGGCCGUGCGCUGUUUAGGGGAUAUGUGAUCUCCUCUUGUAACUUUGUUGGCAGGUGGAGAAGUAUAUCAGUUGGCGAACAACCGGCUGAGUGGGAAUCCAUCUUCAGCAUGUCCAAGUUGGCGGCGACUCCCUAAGGCCCCAUCAUGAACGUCGAUGACAUUUAUAUAUUGAGCCACUAUAGUAUACAUACAUCUCUUACUAAGUAUUGCUACCUAACAUAUUGGCCUUCGUGGUAUCACCAGCCCCGUUACAACUAUCCGCUAGGAAGUAUAUCAUCCGAGUGGUUCACUGGUCAUUAGCUAUAGGCUACUACGUAUUUACAGCUUACUAGGUCACACAUGAAUCAGGAAAUCCUAAUGCGCCAC